UGAUCCCUUGUUCACUAAGCAUUCCCAUUUCUUCCCAACAAAGAAAAAUACUCCGUACAGACACUAGGAAAAACAACAUAUAGAGGAGAGAGAGAAUCGCAAAGAAGAUCAAAUCACAUUCCUAGGCGCCCAAAAGAAAAAAGAUAAUUAACAAAAUUAACUCCCAAAAUAUAGAACAACUCUUUUUCUCUCGAUUUCUCUCGAUAUCUCUCGAAUUCGUCGACAAUGAUUGAAACCGAAUUGCAUGAUUUAUCCGAUGAUGCUGAUUACGCCGCCUCUCAGCAACAAGGUUCGCAAAGCAUAACGAGGAGUGAUAGUGGAAGGAGAAGUGAACCGGAAGGUGCGGAAGUUGUUUAUAUGAAGGAUAAUGUGUCAAUUCAUCCUACUCAGUACAUGUCUGAGAGGAUUAGUGGAAGAUUGAAGUUGAUCAAACAAGGAGAUUCUUUAUUUUUGACUUGGAUUCCGUACAAAGGGCAAAACACAAAUACAAGGCUGUCUGAGAGAGGUGACUCAGAUAGGAAUAAUCUUUAUACGAUAAGGCCACUUCCAUUGACUGAUGUGAGGUCCAUCAGGAGGCACACACCGCCACUGGGCUGGCAGUAUAUUAUUGUUGUGCUGGCUUCAGGACUUGCAUUCCCUCCUCUUUAUUUCUAUAAUGGAGGAGUUAAGGAGUUUUUGACCACCAUCAAGCAACAUGUUUCUCUUGUAAGAUCAGCUGAUGAUGCAAAUGUGUUCAUCGUGAAUGAUUUUCAAGAUCCUCUCCAGAAAACUCUAUCGUCAUUGGAGCUUCCAGGGGUUGUUUCAGUUGCUGCACAGUCUACAAAUGCUUCUUUGGUUGCAUCCUCUAGUCAGGUAAACCAAGGAAGGAGUGAUGUGAGUUCCUACGAUAGCAACACUGGUUCACAAUCGCUUAGAAGGCAAAAGAAUAAGUCCAAUGAUCCCACUAAGGAUCUCUCGAUUCAGGUCUUGGAAAAAUUCUCUCUGGUCACCAAAUUUGCUCGGGAAACAACCUCUCAGCUGUUCGGAGAAAAUAGUGGGGAUCCAUUCCUUUCUAAUGAGUGGAAAAGGCCUAGCCAUAGCCAGUCCCUACCUGACCUUCAGUCCCAGCCGUCAACAAAUGAUCUGGAAGAAGUUCCCUGUGAAGUACCUGUACCUGCAGACCCUAUGGAGUUUGAAAAAUUGGCACUUGUUUGGGGUAAACCACGACAACCUCCCAUGACAAAGGAAGAGUGGAUAACUUUCUUGGAUUCUGAGGGGAGAGUUGUUGAUUCAAACGAUCUAAGGAAGAGAAUUUUUUAUGGCGGUGUUGUCCAUGAAUUGCGAAAAGAGGUAUGGCCGUUCUUAUUGGGUUGCUAUGAUUACAAUUCAACAUAUGCUGAACGUGAAUACCUUCGAUCUGUGAGGAAACAAGAUUAUGAGAUCAUAAAGCUCCAAUGGCAGAGCAUAUCUCCAGAACAGGCAAAAAGAUUUACCAAAUUUAGAGAGAGGAAGGGCCUAAUCGAGAAAGAUGUGGUGCGGACAGACAGAGCAUUCUCUUUCUAUGAUGGAGAUGAUAAUCCAAAUGUGAACGUUUUACAUGACAUACUGCUAACUUAUUCAUUCUACAAUUUUGACCUUGGUUAUUGUCAGGGUAUGAGUGACUUUCUAUCCCCUUUGUUGUUCGUCAUGGAGGAUGAGUUUGAAGCAUUUUGGUGUUUCGCUGCACUACUGGAACGUGUGGGACCAAAUUUCAAUCGUGAUCAAAGUGGCAUGCAUGCGCAACUAUUCGCAUUAUCAAAGCUGGUGGAACUAUCUGACAGUCCACUGCACAACUAUUUUAAGCAGCAGGACUGCUUAAAUUAUUUCUUUUGUUUCCGCUGGAUUCUUAUACAAUUCAAAAGGGAAAUGCGGUAUGAGGAAACAAUGCGGUUGUGGGAGGUCUUGUGGACACAUUAUCCAUCUGAGCACUUGCACUUGUAUGUUUGUGUUGCAAUACUCAAGAGGUACAGGAACAAGAUAAUUGGGGAGCAAAUGGAUUUUGACACACUGUUGAAGUUCAUAAACGAACUAAGUGGCCAAAUUGACCUUGAUUCAAUUGUAAGAGAUGCCGAGGCUCUGUGCAUCUGUGCAGGAGAAACAGGAGAAGCAUGCAUUCCUCCAGGAACUCCUCCUUCUCUGCCAAUAGAAAAUGGUCUUGUGUCAUCUCAGCUAGAGGACGAGGUUUUGUAGUUUUUUCUCUGUUCUGUUCUGUACAUAGCUAUGUUAUGUGCUAUAUGAAACAAAAUUUUACCCUCGUUGAACUCUUAGUUGGGAUUUGGACCUCUAGCUGGAGAAUAAAAAUCUUGGUGAUUGUAAAGAAACUAAUUCUUCUGUGUAUAGUUUUCUUGAAGUUGAAAGGCAAGGAGUUUCAAAUUA